AUGCCGAUUGAAGGUACAAAUUUAGAAAAUUUAUUAAAGCUAGUAAUUCAAAUGAACGCUAUCAUUAUCGAAGAAAUGCAUGAACAACGAAAAGAAAUACAAACUCAAGCUCAAGCUCAACAGGCACUUAUUUCAACACCACUUCAUUCAUCGACUGAUACAUCAUCACGAUCAAUUAACAAGAUAAACGUUAAACCGAAAGAAUACAAUGGAACAAGUGAAGAAAAUGUCAUUACCUGGUUGAUAGCAUUAGAGGAAAUUAUGAAAAAUCGAUGCAUUAUUGAUGAUGAGAAAAUCUCGCUAGCUGCUAGCUUAUUAGGUGGCACUGCUUUACAAUGGUUUGCCAACUUGAAAUUGAAAAAUCAAGGACCAUCACCUUGGAAUGAAUUUAAGAAUAAAUUAAAAUCUAAGUUUCAACCAAUUGAUUUUCAAGAAAACCUUCGACAACAAUUAUUGCAAUUACGUCAGAAACAGUCCUUACACGAUUACAUUCAUUUUUUUCGAAGCCUAGUCGGUCAAACCGCUAGUAUGGACGAAUUAACACAAUAA